GGCUACAGCGGAGUUCCCCACACAACAGUCAUGAAAGUACGAACUCCUCAUGGGGAGAGGCUCGGAUCAGUCCAGCGUUAUGUCCCUUCGUCUAUCGACAUGAGCGAUCGAGGGCCGAGUGGCAUCUCAGCGAAUGAAGUGCACAAGAUUGGAUGCCUCGACAUCUUGUUGUUCAACGUCGACAGACACGAGGGAAACGUUCUCCUGCGUAAGUCUUCUAACCCCAAUCACCGGGGCUCUUCGCAAGAACUCUUCCCGAUAGAUCAUGGCCUGUGUCUACCCGAGAUCGUCUCGCCAAUGACUGGCCCGAACCUUGAGCUGCUGCAGAACAUGUACUUCGCAUGGCAGACCUGGCCGCAGGCAAAGAAGCCAUUCCUCAAAUGCGUCAAGAAAAUGUUGGAGAAGCAACUGUCAAAGGAGGUGUUUCCAGACCUUGUCAGGGGACUCAUGGAAGAGCUGGGCAGCGAAAAGAUGAAGAUAUCGGCCUUCACCACGCUCCGAGUCGGAGCUCUCGUCCUACGAGAGACUGUGAAAGCCGGGAUGAACCUUUAUGAGAUCGCCAACUUCGUC